AUGGCAUCGGAUGUCGUUUAUCGCAAGCUGAACAAAUAUGAGUGGAGCGAAAGCACUCCUGUGAAGUUGGUUGCCCCGCAGUCUGGUGAAAUUAUAAAGGAGGUGCUUGGAGGCGCAUUAGCAUGCUUUGAAAAAAGGGCUUAUCUUUGUGGUGGAUAUGACGCACGGACUGGUCGUAGCCUUUCACAGCUAGCUGAGUUUGAUUUUUCUACAAAGCAAUGGUCAAAAGGGCCCUCUUUGCCAGAAAAAAUAAGAGACGCGGCUGCUGUCGCAUUUGGGGAGUACUGUUUUGUUUUUGGUGGUUGGAAUGACGAGAAUUACAGCAAAAACUUUUGGAUGCUUGCUCCAAAGAGCCCAGGAAAUAACAUGGCAAGUGCUAAGGAAGCAAUUAUUAGCUCAUGGAAAUUGGUGCAACCCGCUGGAUUAGGGCCAUCGGCUCGGGUCUGUCAUGCGAUGGUGUUGGGUAACAUGAGCGAUGAAGAGGGUACGGCCCAGAAUCCGGUGUUAUAUCUCUUUGGUGGAUUUGAUGGUGAAAAAAGGUUGAAUGAUGUUUGGCGUCUGCGAUUGAGUGCUUUGAUUGAACAGGGCGUGGCCGCGUGGGAGUUAGUUGAGGUUAAAGGUGGGACUCCACCAGCACCGCGCGAUGAUGCUGCUGUCGCAUUUGAUUUGGCGGGCGAGAGACUGCUGGUUUUUGGCGGGUUUGCAUCCUCCCUACAGAGCGAUCUUCAUUUCUUGUCACUGCGCGGGGGAAAGAAUGAAUGGACGUGUCAGCUGUGCGUUAAUGUUCCUUCCAGGCGUCAGGGUUGCGUGGCGGCGGUGUCGAACGGGCAUCUAUUGGUGUGUCUUGGAGAGGAUGAGAAGGGCUCUUUGUCUCAAGUUCUUCAACUUUCCUUGACGGAAUUCAAGUGGUGCAUGCUUCCCUUUGAAAAGGAUGAGCUUGUGGGGCGUAGAGGCUGCGUUGGGUGCGUGGGUGAAAAAGGGAAACGCAUUAUAAUCUUUGGGGGUGGGGUUCUGCCGAAGCUUCACUCAAGCCUUUUGGAGUUUGAACUGGAGAAGGCAGAUGCAGGCAGUACAAGGAAGAAAUGA